GGGAAGCGACAAUUGGAACGCACAAUGACAUAACACACAAUCAAACCCAAUCUGGACGCGUCUAUUGUCGCACACAGCAAAGCCAAGACAUCCUCCACGCCUCCGAAGUUUGCAGACAGUAUUCUUCCAAAUUCCAACAUGUUUGUCUCGUUAUAGCACACGCACGACCCCUUUCCACACGCCUCUCUUUCUCUUCGCCAACCGUACACUCCGGACACACGUUUGACUACACAGUACACAACACCCUUUGGUCAAUUAUCUCCACCUGCACUCAUCACUGCACGCGGCAAGGAUGAGCGACAGGGAGGGAGCAAAGGGCAAAGACGCGAAGACGAGCGAGGCGACCGAAGGAACGGAGGUUCGCGAGGACGUCGAAGGAGGUCUCGUGUACAGCUCUGAGACGAUGCAGCGCACUUCUAUCUUCAAUUCCGGGGCGGUGGGGUUUCCGGCAACCCAGACGCAGGUCGAUGUUGAGAGUACGAGAUCGGCAGACGCGUCGUCGCCAGCCUCUGUACAGCUUGCCACCACGGACAACAAAGAUUACGGCAUCCAGGAAGAAGACGACAGCGACGAGGAAGACGGCGAUGACGAGGAAGAUGAUGACAGCGAAGAAGACGGUUACAGCGAGGAAGGCGGCGUUGGUAUACAACAGUCUCCUCCUCGCGCGUCACGGUUGAGCAUUCUAGCUCCUAUGUUGUAUUCAGCACGUUAUUAUGCCGACCUCAACCGCGGCUCGGGAGGCCACGACUCCGCGAGCGAAGACGAUGAAGAGAUCACCCUGGGAUCCUCCGACUCGGACGAGACAGCAUCGCCAUCCCCCACUCCUUCUCAGGACAGUACAGCGCAGAUAGUCGUCGCACCCGCCACUAUCGGACCUCUUCAGAUCUGCGAGCACACCACCUGGUGCCACUGCCCGCGCGACGAAGCCACGGAUCCUGACAACAUCUUCCUCCACCUCUCGGAGUAUGCACUGAACCGGAUGGAAUGGCCUAUGCUAGCCGACCGCUCCACCCAAAAGAUUCCGCUCCCAGAGCAUGAGUUGACGAAAAUUCAUGUUGUCCCGCGGGUGAACGAGGCGCAACGCUCGUCCGACGUUGUACGCAGCAAGCUUCCAGUCAUCGGUUUCGACAGCACCGAAGACUUGAAGCAGGCUGCGCGCACCUUGGUGGCGGAGAUCAACCAUCAUUUCCCGCCAGCCUUCGUCACCGAUGACACUUACUACGCUCCAAUGAUCGUGCACGUCCGCGAUGUCAUUACCCAAUGGUUCCGCGACAUGGACUACGAGGCCUUGGAGCGUAAGUUCGCGGAGCUUGUAGGGGACAAGAAAGACCUGAUGCACCUGUUCCAGAAGUUUUUGCUCCCUCGCCUGAAGACCAUCAGUCUUGCUGAGAGUGGGCUGGAGGAGAAGGAUGAAGCGCAGAAGGCGGUGCAGGCUAUGGUGGACGAGUUGGACAGCGCUCACCACGUCCAGUCAUGUUGAUUGAGAAGGAUUCGAUGGGGAAAGAGUAUCGUGAACAUCCUCUGUUAAUUGCAGCAGCAGGAUGGAAGAGACCGUUGCACGAUUGCGCUUGGUUACGAGGUUGGAGAACUUGAGGUGGACAUGCUUCACGCUGGAUGAGGAAAUGACUUCCAUAGCAAUGCAAAGGGCACCAUUGUUCUUCACUUUGUGUGUCUCAUGAUUGCUUUCAGAC